AUGCCCACGCUUCUAGAAAUUCUUUCGAGACCAAUCCCACCGAUUGUGUGCAAGGCGGCAGAAGGUAGCCUCACCUUCCACCGAGACUGGAAACCUGUGGAGAGGUUAGCAGUGUGGAAGGAGUUUAGCUAUGACAAUGUGAUGAAGUUGUUCGAGGAAGUCCUUCAAUUCGAUUUUCGGGCAGAUAUUCAUGAACCUAGCCGGGAGCUGACAUCGAACGAGAAAGAUGUCUGGGGUGAAGACAGCCUAAAACAUACGCUCAGCCGGAGUCUGGUUCCCGUGAUACCCCAGUGCCUGGCAAAGAGAUGGGAUCGAAUGCACCCGGCUCUUCAACAAGCUCCAGCCGAACUCGUCCCCAGUGGCUUCGCCAAAGUAUCUUCCAAAUGGACCUCUGGGGGGGUCCGGAAACGAAACUAUCGUUACCCUUUUGCUCAGGUCCAAUUCUACUGCAUGCAAAACCAUACUCGGUAUGGGUGGAUCAUCACCGACCGAGAACUUGUGGUCAUUCGCUGCAGCGUGCAAGAGUCGAGUAGUAGUAGUGGCUUUGGAGGAGCUGUCAGUACCCCUCGAAGGCCAAGGCCAUUGUCCUAUUCGGCCCAAAUCCUCACAUCUCCAAGCUCCCACUCGGAUCCCAGUUUUGCCUCCAUUGCCGGCUACGUGGAUGACGGCUCCGACUAUGAACCCGGCCUAUUGGAAUGGCAAAGUAUUCCAUUCGACGCACAGGGUCCAGGCAUCCUGACUGUCCGACUUGCCUUGUGGGCGCUUGCGAUGCUGGGUGCCGCCGAGGUUUCAACCACUCUGCAGAGUCAAUAUCACCCUCUUCAUAGUUACACCAGCCUGGACGAGGGAUUCAUCCAUCUAUCGACCGGUCAUAUGACGUUCGAUGAUUACGACGACGCCAGCCAUGUUUUCACGCGCAACGACAGGUCGGUAUCUUACGACAAUAACUUUUCUUCCUUCCACGCUGAGGAUGUGCACCACAUAUUGUGGGAUGAAUCGACUCGGAAGUGGAAGGUAAUCCUCUUGGAUCCAAUCGCUCCCAAUUACACCGUCCCCGUUCAAAACGAGUUUUGGAGCCGGUUGAGGGCAGCCAGCUACUCAUGGGAACAGAUGGGCCAGGGGGAAUAUGGUUGGGUUCGGUUAGGUCGACAGAGGCCACUUUUCCCCCCUUUGAUUUGGCAAUCUGGCUCUUGA